GAGAGAGUAUAUCAGCUUUUAGAAAACAUUUAAAAAAUAAAAAAAUUUGAAAGAGAACUGAGAUUUCAAACCAUAUAUUCUGAUAAACUCACAAAAAUCUUUCAUGCCAAGUGUUUUAUCGUGAUUGAUUAUAACCUUUUAUCAUUUUAAUUUGAAGUCAAUAAUCUAUUUAUAUGAGAAAUAUUUUAUUAUAAUUUUGUAUGAAAAGCUUUUCUCUCUGACGCACAUUUCAAGACAAACGUUCUCCGACGCCGGUGGAGCAAAAUUUCACCGGCGUCGCCUCCGCUCCAUCUUCCACAUGUCUUCUCUCGUUCCAAGUCAAAGCUUCCAUUAUGUUUCUUGUUUCGCCGUUUCUCAAUCAUUAUUGGAUCUGGGGUCCUCAACAUUAAAAAAGACCUUCGUGGUCACUGCUCGUGUUCUUGAGACCACCAGAACUGCAUUCUACACCGGGGGUUCCCGGAAAAGCUGUACAACCACCUCUCUACGCCACGACCCGAAGAAGGAAGGGCUCUCUGAGCUUCACCUUGCAGCUAACUCCACUUGCGCAAGUGGCGCAUCGUUUCACCGCUUUCCCCUCUCUGAGUUCGGACUUCACUUGAGCUUCAGAUCUGUGAGGACCUUCAUAGAAUGUUCCGGAUCUGAACUACUUUUGAAGAAAGCUCAAAGCUCAGGCGUGUUGAGCGUCUCAGGCCGCCGCAGUCCAUCAUUUUCGCUUUGUAAACGGGGCUCCGUUUCCUUGCUCGGCGGCUGCUCAACCCCCAUCCGCCGGACCAUCACGAUCUCCUCUCCUCCACCCUGCGCCACAGACCGUUAUCCCGGCGACGAAGUGCUUCGUAGCUGGAGAAGCUCCGCCGCACACAACUUUCCCAUCAAGCUCAAAUCCAGUGAGGCUGCAGACGUCAGCCCUAACCUUUCUUCUACAUGGGCCAGGCCCAAGUUGUUUUCAAGAGCACCAUCAUCAAAGACCUUUCUCAUGAGAAGUGUCACCUCUCCUGCAAUAAAGCAGAUGAAAUUGCCAAAAUCCCUAACCGUUUUGUUAUCUUGCGGAACGGUCUGUACGGGGCCUGAAGAUGCAACGGGUUUCGUUUCGACGAUAUUCCGAGGUGUGGAUUGGCUAUCAACGUCACGAUUUAAUGUGACUAUGUUUCAACUUUCCGGCUGUGCCGUGAAAUUUACCUUGACGCAUUCGAGUUGUUCUCUGAAUUCGCUGUCGAUUUAUCCUAGAGGUUUCUCUACAUCUAUCAUUUAUGUUGUAUUGUCUUACUGUUUUGCUUCUAGUGCUAGGAUUGUCUCUUCUUCAAAGUGUAAUCCGGAAGUUUAAGUAUUAAUGAAAGUUUGUGUUUCAAAAAA